AGAUCGACUUAUCGGUGAUCUUGAAUGCACUCAUUCCUUCCAGGAAAUGUGAUCAACCGCAGAGUGACAGGAUCACAGAUCGGUUGAAGGGAACUGUUGAUAAGCGAAAAUGACUUUCAACCGGUUAUUAUCUAGAGCUGCUCUUGUCAGCAAAGUUGGGUCCCGGUCUAUAUUCCAAAGCUCCAAGCGGGAUAUGACUAACCCUAACUGGAUCAGAGUGGGCCUUGCCUUUGGAACAACAGCUUUCGUUUGGGGACUGCUCUUUAAGCAGCGCAGUGCAGAUGAACAUGAAUACAGAGUGAGGAAUGGCCUGGAAUAAACCCCCCCCCCCCACAAUGGAUGCUCCUGAUUGUCCACCUCUUGUUUCCACUCUCCCUGAUUCUUCACUCUGACUUUGUGUAAAAUAAAAAUGUAUCAUGUGAAAUCUA